AUGAACCAAGGUUUACAACAAGAAACGGCAUUGGUAACCAACUUCCCAAACUUGGACAUUUCGAGAGCCUUGGCGACAACCAAAACAACGAUAAACGACAGAAUUGAUGCAUUGAACAACAGAAUUGAUACCAUGGAGACUAGAUUAAACGCUAGAUUCGAUAGCAUGAAUACAAGAAAUCUCGCACGCGUACUAAAUUUGCGUAUAACCGAUCCAUAUGAAACAUUGGAAGUUGUUUCAAAUACGACUGGCAAUAUACCGCAAAAUUACCCACAAACAGUUGCCGCGCUUCGCGCAAUGACACGUCAAAAUAUAAACGCUCUCUUGAACUUUUAUCAAUUACCAAAUGCUGGAACAGUUGAAACUAAACGCAUACACUUUGCGAGACACCUAGAAAUUCAGCUAUUGUAA